AUGAAUGCGAAGAAUGUCGAAGAAGCCGAAUACAACCCCUACCACCUCUUGGACGAGGCACUGUCUGCUGGGUGGGAGAGCACAGACGUUCUGUCUGCAGGCGCUCAGCAGCCAUUCAACUCAAGAACCACCAGCCAGGACAUCGCUAAGUGCGAAAAAAUAAUACAAGAGCGAACGAGACAGCAACAAUCCACGUCCCAUUCCUCGUCCAGCGCAUCAGAUACUCCAGUGGGCCGGCCUGCGGGAGAGUCGGAAGAUGACAAGACUAGAGUGGCAAAAUAUGAGCAGGAGACCGCGUCCAACUACCUAACUCGGAACAGCUUUGCAGAAUUCACACAUCAUAUCAAGAGUGCUUGGUGCCGCACAUGUAAGGAGCCCUUCUUUUCGUCGGAGCUCGAUAUUCGUACCCUAUUCCAAGACUGGGCCGACGGCGUGGUCAAGCAGCUGUCAUGCGUCAUCAAAUGCAAGAGUUGCGGGACGUCUUCAUGCAUCGCCUGUAUUCCCGAGCCCUUCUCCAGGCCAUCCAAGAUUGGGUUUCAAGAGAAGAAACAGUGCGUCUCCUGGUGCUGUGUUGGGGGUAGGCUGUUCAUCAUAUGGGUAUUGCUUUGCGGAUUCGAUCGGCAUUUACAUGAGUCCAAAAAAAUCGGCGUUACUGACAACAAGGCAAAUUCGGAUGCAACCUCGAAGAAAUCUAAUCCCAAUAAGAAAGGAAAAAGACCAAGGCGUGACGCCAGUGGGAUGCUUCACCAGAGCUUCAUGCCCAGGGGGAGAGGUUACGGCACCAAUGCCGACGGGAUUAGCGAUCUGGAAGACAUUGAGGAUAUAGAUAUGGAAGAUUACUUGGAACUCGUGAAAUCAUAUGACUUCUUUGCCGAGCAUGGUCAUAUGCCGAGCCAGUCGAAGCCUCCUUUGAUUGGCGACAAAAAGGCAAAGGGCAUUGCGAAGGCGAGGAGUGCACAGAUGAGCGAGGACAGAUUCGGCAUGCUAAUCCUUGGCUUCUUGACCGACCUUCUUCCAUCGUUGGAGCGAGCGACACGUUUCGACUUUAACCCACCCGGCGCGGUUCUCGAGAUGCUCCAGGGUAGCAAAAUACUCACUUAUUGCACCGAACUCUUGCGAAAUGAUUCAAUCAUUGACAUCGUUAAGCGCGAGCACCUAUACCAGACGCUAUUCAGCUUCAUGACCAUGAUGGGAUCGCACCCCAAGACCAGUGAAGGGCUGUUCGCACCUCGUUCCACACGUCCUGAAACUAUCGAUCUCCUUACGCUGUCAUUCUGUGCGGCGGCUCCCGAACCAGAGGAGAGGGUUCCGGCUCUUGCCAGUUACCUGCAUAUUAUUUACAAGCCGAGCUCUUUGGUUCUGAAAAGCGCAAACAGCAAAGAGGAUGACUUUGCAAGCGACGACGGCCAGACCAUGCUGCGGAUUUGCCACCAAGUGUCGAAACUUGCACUAUUUAUCGAGGUAAAUACCAGAACAGAGGACAAGAAUACAGCUGCAGCCAUUCCCGAGGAUCUUGUGAUCAGGGGCGUUGAGGAGAAAGACAUAUUCCCUACGCACAAAUACGCUCAGAACGCGAAAAGUUUGACAUUUUCGCAACCUGGUCGGUUCAAGCGCAUCAUCACCGAGAUUAGCACAUUGCAAACAAGCCUACCCCCUGGAAUAUAUGUUCGAUAUUGCGAAAACAGGCCAGAUGUUCUCAAGUGCGCCAUCAUUGGGCCACUCGGGACACCGUAUGAGAAUGGCAUUUUCGAGUUCGAUUUCUACUGCGGCCCCAACUUUCCCAAUUCUCCUCCCUAUGUCUCAUUCAAGGGUACCGGAGGCGGAACAAUCUCGAUCAAUCCAAACCUCUAUGCUGAUGGAAAAGUUUGUCUUUCCUUGCUCGGUACAUGGACAGGAGAACCUUGGAAACCUGGGGAGUCGACGCUGCUUCAGGUGCUCAUCUCCAUUCAGGCGAUGAUUCUAUGCGAAGAGCCGUGGUACAAUGAGCCAGGAAGGGAAGUAGGCUACCACCAAAGCACCGCAGGUAGUCCAUCAGAGAGAUAUAACCAGAAGCUGCAGGGCGAUACAAUUCGCUAUGCAUUACUUGAAUGGUUAGAAAAGCCCCCCGGGUUGUGGAAAGAUGUGGUUGCCCACCAUUUCACGCAGCAUGGCGACGCCAUCCUCAAGAGAGUAGAAGAAUGGGCUAAUGACAUCGAAAAGCAACCUCUGAAGCGCUCCCAGCGGACCGGAGCAGACUUCCAAGACUGGUCCGAAUUCGAAAAUUCAUACUUAUAUGCCCUUGGCAACACAGUGAUGACCUCGGCCGUGUAUAGCAUGAUGUCCAGUUUGGAGACCGCCUUGCAGAGCUACGGAGCUACAUACAAGAUUAAAUGUGUUGCUCCACCUCCAACUCCAAAACCUCCAGGAUCGAAACCUUUACUACCGAACCCAGGGGCUCUUCCGUCAUUUGUGUCACCUCCCUCUCUGAUGCCGCAUCCUGGUUCUUUUCCAAGCAUGCCUCACACACCGCCGCAGCCACAACCACCGCCGCCACCAGUCCCUCAGUUUAUGCAAAGCACCGCUCAGCAUGUUAACUACGCUCCUGCUUCGCCUGGCCAUGGGGGAUACGUGGGUAGAGGCCAGAUCCCCAGCCAUAAUACAAGCACUCCCGGUAUGUGGGGGUUAUGCAUGCCACCCCAUGCUGGAUAUACACCGGAAAGCUCUUCAGGCCCUCCAAGCUCCAACACUAGGUCUGCGGCUGCUCGUGGUCGUGGUCGUGACGCAGUUGGCUCCGGUGGGCGAGGUGGCCCCUUUCAUCAUGGCCCCGGUCCAUUUGGUCGUGGUGGAGGCGUGCUUGGACCUUCAUCAAAUGAUGGCCCUGGAUUAUUCCCAGGCAUCUUUUUUGAAUCGAUAGGUGGAGGACGAGGCGGAGGAAGAGGGGGAGGGCAUGGACCGGGAACUGGUAACUUGGGAGGGAAUGGAGGCCGUGGAGGCCGUGGAGGUCGCGGAAGCGGCUAAACUGAUCUUUGGAAGGGGUACGUAAUGUUUCAUCUAUUCUUGCUUUCAGGAGGUCAAAAUGAUCAAUCUCCAGGAUUUUUGGAUGAGAAGUUGCUUUGUGAAAAAUGACUAUGGUGUCUCAAAGAUAUGAACG